GGGGUUUGACAAGACACUUCAUGGAAAGCAGAGAUGACACUCGGAGAUCGCCGAGUGCUUUCGAAAUCAGGAAAUUAGUUUGUUAUUUUUAUAUAAAUAAAUAAAUUUAUAUAUACUAGGAGAACUUCUUCUUUUCACUCGUAGAGUUCUGCACAGAUGGCGUCCAGAGCGGCGUUCCCUGCUACCCCGGGCGCGCCAGGGAUGAAUACCGUGAUGAACUCUCCUGGCCACCCGCGGAUGGCAGCGAUGAAUCCGGCCUACCGAACAAUGCCGAACCCGGUUAACCAGUAUCCGCGUCCUGGCAUCCCUCCUGGCCGUACCAUGCCAAUGGGUGGAAUGGGUUCCAUGGGUUCUCCGAUGCCCGGGCCGUCAUACAGCGGCUCCAUGACCGUUCGGCCCGGCAUGCCCCAGACCGCCAUGGACCCGGCGCGCAAGAGACUUCUGCAGCAGGCUGGAGGCGUGAUGGGACAUCGGAGAGGGCUGAAACGGCGCAAAAUGGCUGACAAAGUUUUACCCCAGAGGAUCCGGGACCUGGUUCCUGAGUCUCAGGCCUACAUGGACCUGCUGGCGUUUGAGAGGAAGCUGGACCAGACCAUCGCACGCAAGCGUAUGGAGAUUCAGGAGGCCAUCAAGAAGCCUAUCACGCAAAAGCGCAAGCUGAGGAUCUACAUCUCAAACACCUGCACACCAGCCAAACCUGAGGGUGAGGAGUCAGAGAAAGUGGCAUCAUGGGAGCUAAGAGUGGAGGGCAAACUGCUGGAGGAUCCCGGGAAACAGAAGAGAAAGUUUUCUUCCUUCUUUAAAAGCCUGGUCAUUGAGCUGGAUAAGGAGCUGUAUGGUCCAGACAACCACCUGGUGGAGUGGCACAGGAUGCCCACCACUCAGGAGACGGACGGCUUUCAGGUGAAAAGGCCCGGAGACGUGAGCGUGAAAUGCACACUGCUGCUCAUGCUGGACCACCAGCCGCCACAGUACAAGUUGGACCCGCGGUUAGCGCGUCUCCUGGGCGUUCACACUCAGACCCGAGCCAGCAUCAUGCAGGCGCUCUGGCUCUACAUCAAGAACAACAAGCUGCAGGACUGCCACGAGAAAGAAUACAUCAACUGCAACCGCUACUUCAGACAGAUCUUCGCCUGCCCCAGAAUGAGGUUCUCGGAGAUCCCCAUGAAGCUGGCGGGACUCCUGCAGCACCCGGACCCUAUCGUCAUCAAUCAUGUCAUCAGCGUGGACCCGAAUGACCAGAAGAAGACGGCGUGCUUUGACAUUGAUGUAGAAGUGGACGAUCCGCUGAAGAGCCAGAUGAGCAGCUUCUUGUCCUCCACCACCAACCAGCAGGAAAUUGCAGCCUUGGAGAUGAAGGUGUGGAUCCACGAGACCAUCGAGUCAAUAAACCAGCUGAAAACGCAGCGGGACUUCAUGCUGAGCUUCAGCAACAACCCUCAGGACUUUAUCCAGGACUGGCUCAAGUCUCAGAGCCGAGACCUCAAGCUGAUGACAGACACUGCCGGGAACCCAGAGGAGGAGAGGAGGAGUGAGUUCUACCAGGCUCCCUGGAUCCCAGAGGCUGUGGGCCGCUACGUAUUCUCCAAGGUCCAGCAGAGGAGACAGGAGCUGGAGCAGGUACUCGGAAUCCGCCUCACCUAAACCCCAGAGGAAUUCCAGAUAUGAGUCUGAAGACGCCGUGCUGAAGAAAUGCUGCAAGUCUUCAUAUUAUGCAUCUUUUUUUUUUUCUUUGCUUAAAAUUUGACGUGAGAUUUCCUCAGGUCACGGAUUUGUCGCUGUUGCAAAUGUUUCAUGAUUGAAAGCAUUUUUUCCGUAUUGUUCACAUUUCUAGUGUGUAUUUGCCUUUUCUUUGGUAUUGCAAAUUACCAAAUUGUACUGUGUGUGUGUGUGUGUGUGUGUGUGUCUGUGAGUUUGUUUCGAACAAGUUUCCAAGCCAUAACUGCCUUGUUUCUUAUUUUUGCCAAUGAGAUAAAAUGGAAGGUGGCGUGUCGUACAGGUGUGUGAUUAGGACCCAGAAUGUAGUGUUUACAGUGUGUGUGUGUGUGUGUGUGUGUGUGUGUGUGUGUAACGUCACUGUUAUGCCAGCCGUAAAAGCGGCAGAACACAGCCGUGUUUAUAAACAGCAGGUAGGAGUGUAAGCCAUUUCUAAAUGAUGUCAGACAGCCUUAGAUGUAAAGAGGAAAGCCAAUUCCUGUUGUCCAGACAGUGCUUUAACACAUCCCAGAUCGGAUGACGUGUCCGGAUUGACUAAUCCUAAUCAUUCUACUCAGAUAUCUGGGUUAUUUCAGCUUGAUUGAUGUAUGCGAGCUGACUUGCAUGCUCCCUUCUUGCCCUGGAAGAGCACUGGGUAGAUUUCAACAGAGUGAUUGGAUGUAGAGAGCUGGAUGGAGGAGGCCUGCAGAGGACAUUUUAUAAACGUUUUCAGUUUUACUUCUGCACUAUUUUCUGUUUUAAUGUGGUACUAAACCAGACUCAGGAAACCUGAGUUCUAUUUGCUUUGUUAAGUUCCUUUAACAGUGAAUUUAUUUGUUCCCACAUUUUGGUUUUACUCGUCUAAUAAAGCGAGCUUCUUACAAUAAUCCUGCAGAUGCCAAUGGAAAUGCCGUGCCUCCACCCUACAUGAACUUUUCCACAUAACGUCAUGGAGUUGAAACGGACUUUAAUUAGGAUUAUGUCAGAAAUCUGCACCAAAAUGUCAUCGAACACUGAAGAGAGUGGAAAAAUAUCCCAAAAUACAAUUACUUGCUGUUUAUAUUUGGAUCCAUUCUCUUCAUUCAUUCUGACCAGCUAAAUGUCCCUUGCUGAUUUUUGAUACAAAUCCUUCUCACAACAUGAUGCUACCACCACCGUGCUUCACAGUGGUGUUCUCAGGGAGCUGAGCGGUGUUGCAUUUCCUCAUCAAAAGUUGUGAGAUGUCCUGACUUUAUGAUGCAGUCUCUUUAGACAAAAAAAAACCCUCUGAAAAUCUCUCUUUUUAGCUUCGCAAACUAUAUUAAUGUCGACAUUGAGCUUGUUUGUGUAAAUGAAUGACACAGAAUCGUAAUAAUAGUGUGGAAAAUUUCAGAGGGAUCAGGGGGGUGAAUACUUACACACAGCACUGUGUAUCUUACAUUUCCUCUAAAGUGCAGUCGUAAGCUGUCUGUCUAAGCCGUGGUGUUAUCCGUACAAACCAAAGCGUGGAAACGAUUCACUAAACUGUGUUAAGAUUUAAUGUUUUCAGUUCAAUCUGCUUCUCCUGAGCAGGUUUGAUCUUACCGGCUUGUUGCCUUGGUAACAAGCCAGAUGACAGCCAUAUUAAAGCCAUACUGUGUGUUUUGGUUCAAGUGUAUUUUGCUCUGGUUUCUGCUUCUUACAUUCCGUAUAUAAGAGUAUAAACAUUUUGACUCAGGAAGAGAGAUGAUUGUGUGACACUUUAAAGGGACGAUUCGGGCUGAGAUCAAAUUUCUUACACUUACUUUGAUUGCAAGUCGAUCAGCUGAGACGUUUCCUUAAAUUCAGCUAAUUUUUCCUUUUCUGAUUAGCAUCAUGUUUGUUGUUGUUGUUGUUGUUGUUGUUGUUGCUGCUGCUACAAAAUACCAUGAUGAUGCUCUCCCUCAAAACUAUUUUAUUUAGCUAUUUUCUAAUCAGCUAAAAGUAUAAGGAGAUCAAAUAUUCUGGGUAUUUGUAUUUAGUUGACAAACAACGAUAACAU